AUGUGGUUGGAACAAUUACCUGAUGAAAUUAUAUUGACUAUAUGUUCAUAUCUAACUCCAUUUCAUGUCAUUGAAGUAUUUAACAAUUUAAAUGCUCGAUUAAAUUGCACAAUAAGUCAGUAUCGACAAAAUCUUGAUUUACGUUGUUUAAAUUUACGCCAAUUUUAUUUCAUUUGUGAAAUGAUUCGAUCUAGUUUUGGUGAAAAUGUACAUUCAAUUAUUCUUUCAAAUGCAGCACCGGCUGUAAGACAACUUAUCUUAUUUCGAAAACAAAUUGAAUCAUUCACGAGCAUAUUACCGAAUUUAGAACAAUUAACACUUAUAGAUCAUUAUGACGAUGAAUUAGAUUUGUAUUUGCCUUUAGUUUCUAUCUUAAGAAAUCUUAAAAAAUUAAUUAUUAAUUUUAUAAAAACGAAAAAUGAAACAAUAUUAUGCAGUUUUGUUACUCAAAUGUUAACAGAUAAUUUUAUCUAUUUUGAUCAUAUUCCAAAACGUCGAAGACGUGAUAUAUUAACAUUAGAAAAAUUAUCAUUCAUUGGGACUGGAUAUUUAAAAUUAACACCCAUAUAUAAUGAAACAAUUACACAUUUAACAAUUGAAAUUGAAAACACUGAUGAUCUUAUCGUCAUUUUUACAGGAUUUGAUUCUUUGCAAUAUUUAAAUGCUAAUUUGAAGCAAUUAACGGCAUUAACAUCAAACCAUUACAACAGCUUAUAUAAUCAACGCCAGAUUCAAUGUUCAUCAUUAAUCAAGUUUUGUUUUCAAGCAAGAUGGCAACCUGAAAUAUUAUCAUUUAAUCAAUUUAAAUCUAUACUAAAUAUGGUACCAAAUCUUCAGAAUUUCUCAUGUACGUUGAAGUCCGCAACAAAUCAAAAAGAACUUGUGAACUCUGAUUACAUUAAUAAAGACAAAUGGCAGAAUUUAUGUGCUGAAUUUCAUGAUCUAAGCAAUUUGGACUGUUCAAUUAAAUGUUCUUUGAGUUCAACAAAUACUUCUGAAACUAAUUUUGUGCGAAUUAUUGCAACUAUGUCUCGCACAUCUGAUCGAUCAAUUAACAUUCGCCUUUAUUACCACAACGAAAAUAAUAACACUAUGAAACAUGAUUCUACGGUGGAACUUGAUAUUCAAGAACUACGGAAUAUGAAUGGCAGACAAUUGGCAGACAAAAUCAUACAUAGUCAAGAAAUAACUUUAUAUAGUGAAUUUCUUGUUGAUGAUAGUAAAUUAUUUUCAACGUUUCCUGAAUCAUUAUGUUUCCGAGAUCAUAUUAUAUUUUCACGUAUACAAAGUCUGGAUCUUUUAGGCGAGUUUUCGAAUAUGAAUAAUAUCUUCUUAACCACAUUCGUCGAACAACUUAUUCAUCGUUGUCCAAAUCUUCAAUCAAUUGGAUUUUUUCUUUAUUGGAUCGAAAAUAUGACUGAUUUAGUUCUUGAUUUUUUACGACCACUUAAAGAUGAUUUAAGGCAAAUACAAAGAUGUUAUUUAUAUACCGAAGGUGAUAUUGAUGAAAAAUUUAUUUCCGAACUUUCACAUUUGCUUCCAUCAUUGAAUUUAUUAUCGGUAAAAGUUGAUUGGUAUUGUAUUACUAGUAAUAUUGUAGAUUUAUGCAUCGUAAAUAUUAAAAAUUUAAUUCAUCUUGAAAUGGUAUUAGAAGACAUUCCAGAUUAUUUAGAUGACGAUUAUGUUGAUAGAAUGAAAAUGGAAAAAGAAAUUGAAUCUUUAGCAAUGACACGUGAUAUACAAGAAUGGCUGAAACAAAAUACGCUCUUAGGAAAACUUUCAUCAAAAAGACUAUUUCGUGCUGAAAAAUCUGGUAAUGACUUGAAAAUAUGGCUUUAG